GUGAGUUCACCUCGAUAUAUAUCGCUCGGUCGGCCGAACAUGGUUGCCAAACUCGCGCGUGAAGUCAGGAAGGUAACACGGCGAAUCGUUAAUCAAUCGUGACGAUUUUGAUUUCAACUCUUCGAGACUCUUUUACACCAUUUUCUCGCAAAAUCGGAUCAGAGAUAAUUUUGCAUACGUGAGAUCGUUUGUGUGUCGAACGCGUCGAGAAAGAAAGGAUGAGCUGCGCUAAGUCACAUCGGCAAUAACACGAAUUAAAACCGUGCGAAUGUGAUCGAGGGUCCACCACGAGGGAAGCUGGAAGAGCCUGGUACGAGGCCAAGGAACAACCGUCGAUCAUCGAGCUCGCCUGACUAUGGAAGAGAACAAUAUCGACGAGGAAGGUGUACGAUUUUCUUGUCAGCGUAAUAACGUGCGAAGAAAACUUUUCCAAGAUGAUAAGGACGACCCCUGCGAUAAAGAAAAACGCAAGGAACAAAUCUUGGAAGAGGUUCGACGACAAUCGGAACAAAGCAAGUUAAGGUGGAAUUUCGAUUUCGAGAAGGAAAUACCAUUGCCUGGCCGUUACGAGUGGGUGAAAGUCGAGGCCGAAGAAACGUCAGAUACAACUCCUAAUUCUGUAUUACGGGACUCGACGAAUAUUCCACAAGGACAGGCGAAAGAAGACGACUUGAGAAAUGUGAUAGAAACGGAAUGACAAAUUGACGAAGAAAUGAAAACGCGUAAUGACGAAAAAAAAAAUCGAACGAGUGACGUUGUUAGCGGUGAUAUUAUCUAUUGUAGUAAACAGUAACAAAAUUUUUUAGCAGUUUUGACAAAACUUCGUCCUUGCCUUAAAAAGAGACUGCGUGGAUUUUUGAUUCUAAAAGUGUUGUUGUUUUUUUGUGAGAUGAAAAUUGUUUUAUGCGUACGUUAUUUUAUAAAAUUUUAGAGCGAUUUUUUGAGAAAUAUUAUUUGAGAAAAAACCAAAGUUAUUAUAUGUAAAUGAUUGUGAUUGUUUUCUACAAAUUUUGACAACUUAUGUGAGUUCUAGUCAAAACAGACGUGAUAGUUUGCAACUUAAAAAGACAAAACCAAAGUAAAAUUUCUAAUUUUAAUCAAAAUGGAACUUCGUGAAAUUCGAAAAGAAGCGAAAUCAGAGAUCACGCUUGAGAUUUGUGGCUUUCUUUAUACAUUAUGUUUAUCACAUGUAAUAUUGUGGAAUAUUACAUGUGAUUUACAAAAACAUACGUGCAAUACACGUGAUUAUACUCGUAUUUAUUGUGCAAUGUACUUUGUAUCAGACAAUACAGAGUAUCAGUGCACAUUAUUUUCUAUUUAUAAUCUUAUAUAUAAAAAUUCUAUAUAUGUAUAUUUACACGAAAACAAAU